UAUAACAACAGGUUAUUCACCGCAUAUCGGAUAUAAUGAUCAAAAUAUUGCCGCCCAGAUGGCUUUUCCCGUGCAAAAUAAUCGUAACAUUUGCGUUGCUUAAUUCCCUGAAACGAACGAUGUCGAGACGAGGCGAUGUUUACCUCCGUAAGUUCGUAUCUGCCGCCAUUACCGCGCAGCGCGUCUCACCCCGCCCGCGCACGAGUAGGCGCAGCCAACAUUGGCGCAGCGCGCCACAAGAUGGCGCUAGCUGCUAUGCGCGUAGGCCACAGUCGCUCCGAAAGAGAGAGAGAAAAAAAAAAGCAACAAGCAAAGCGGGGCGGUAGCGCCCGUCCCGCACUCAGUCUCUCUCUCUCGCGAUAGCAGACUGACGCCACCGAAGCAACGUGCAACCAACGUGACCAACAGUACAACCCAGUUCGAAGAUGGCACCGACAAAGCGUAGAGCUGUGUCGCUUGACACGAAGAUGGAUAUUUUGCAGGACUCUCGACGCGGCUUCAAGGUGAGCGCCCUCGUGAAGAAAUAUGAGCUCGCCCAGUUGACGAUAUCAACCAUCUUGAAAACCGGGAGCACCACGAUUGUGAAGGCAGGAGCUAUCGGCAGCCAUGCCGAUCAGCGGAAAAGGGUUAGAGACCCUUUGUACACCGAUGUUGAAGAGGCGCUUUACCAGUGGUUCAUCACAACCCGCGCGCAUAAUGUGCCUAUUAGUGGGCCAAUACUUGCCACCAAAGCGAAAAACUUCGCUUUUCUUCUGGGACGGCCAAAUUUUGUGCCUGGGGGAGGCUGGAUUCAGCACUUUAAAGAGCGGCACGGAAUCGUUUACAAAAACGUGGUAGGGGAAGCGGCGUCUUUGGACACAGAGGCAAAGCAGCAGUGGCUGCAGACAAAGCUGCCCAGCGUGCUGGAGCGCUACGCGGAGGACACAUAUAAUUGCGAUGAAACUGCUUUGUUUUUUCAAAUGUUGCCGUCGAAGACUCACGCUCUUAAAGGAGAUCGAUGCCCCGGCGGGAAGCACUCGAAACUUAGGGUGACCGUGUUGCUGUGCGUUAGCAUGGACGGGAGCCAUCGUCUCAAUGCAGACAGUGCUGCCUCGUUCUGCGAUGAGGUCACCGACGAGGCGAUCGCUGAAGAUGUGCUGUCUCGACAGACGGCAAAGUUGUGCGACGGUGGCGACGGCAGCAGCGACAGUGACAACGAGAUUGGCAGUGGCUCCUUGACCCCAACCACCUUGUCCACGCAAAGUGCACUGUCGUCGAUCAACUCCUUAAUUGAUUUUAUGCAUGCCAAAGGAUUGCCGCCAGUGUUCGCGCAGCAGCUGGAAUCCAUGCACACCGCGGUUGUGAAGCUGAAGCUGCCGCAAAAGCAAGUGCAGAUUUCGGACUAUUUCGGCGCGCCUAACCCUUGACACGGUCAUUGGCGCUACAAAUAAAGUUUGUUUUUCACAGCCGA